CCACCGGAGGCUCCGCCCCUGCUGGUGGCGGAUCCCGGGGCUGCUGGGAAUCUGGGCUUCCGGUUGGAGAGCGUUGGCGUCUAUUCAUCCAAGGCAGCCACUGAUCUUGAGAGCAGAGAGAUGUGCCCACAUCCCGCUAGACCAGUAGAGAAGGGGCAAACGCCUAGGCCCGGUGUGCAUCCUGCCUGAGUGCGCGUGGAAGCUGGACUCAGCACUUCCUGUGGGUAUACUGCAGCCCAGAGACAGUGAGUGACAUUGCUGUGAAAGCCCGCAUGCCCAAUAUGGCAGAGACUAAAGAUCCCGUUCAGCUUCGACUGCUCAGCCUGGAGCUCCUGAAGCAGCUUUGGGCUGGGCACGAGGCCAUGUGUCGCUCAGUGGCCAGAGCAGCAUCAAAGCCAAACCUGGAUUGUAGCAGCAACAACUUGCCACUGUCCCAAGAAACUUCUUCUGCUUCCUCAGUGGCCCACAGCUCACAGGACAAAAGACAUAUGUGGGAUCCACUGGACAGUCAUCGAGGUGACACGUUUGAUGUGGCCUGGUAUGACAAGGUCAGCUCCAGGGUGGCCUCUUUCCCACCUACCAAAUGCCAACACCAGGAGCCCCAGGAAGGACUACAGCCCACCUCAGUACCCUUGCUAGCCACUCAAGGUCUGAAGGGCCCAGUGUCUUUGGGAGGACUAAAAGGACUGGGGCCUGACAAGACACAAGUCCCGAGGUCCAUCCUGUCACGACUAAGCAAGCCAUCUAAGCCCAAAGUGACCUUCUCCCAGGAGUCUGAAAUGCCUGAGAGCAGCUGGCACUCUAGGCCAUACCUAGGCUGUGAUCAGAUUGCAGGGUCCCUGGACAGUAGCCCUCCAGUCACUAGUGAACCUGAGGCCUUCUUCUCCAUGCUGCAGAGGUUUCGAGAGAACAACGAAGAGGAUUGUGUUUGCAACUCCCCUGAAGCUGUAUUCCCAGGCCUGCAAGAGAGCAGUGGUGUGGAAGAGGACCACGAGUGUGAGUGGACACUUCCACCAGUUCACUCUGAGCUGUAGACUCAGGGAUGGCAGCCUGGUGUCUAAGCA